GCAGCGAUGAUGCGCUACAGCACUGUUGUGUUAAACUUCCGAGGUCGCGCAGGACACAAUAGCGCGCCAGAUUUCGAUUUUCGAACGUUCUAUUUACAAAGAAGCAAAUAAGCUACAUUUAAAAAUUCCCGCGUCAGGAAUAAAGUCAUGGACGGCCAGAUUGAAACUACGGAUCAAGGUGUUCUGGGUCACCUGAUGGCUUUAGAGAGGGAAGGUAUGGGACCGCAGGACCAGGAUGAGUCUCAGAGGUUAGAGAUGCUCAAGGUCAGAGCCGUGACCCUCCGUGCCCAAAGAGAUCAACUCAGACAUCAGGCAGACGCUGUCAAGAUCCUCAAAGUUAAAAUCAGCAAAGAUCUUCCUUUGGAUGAUGCGGAUGCUGCAGGCGGCUACGUUGAUCUACAGAAGUCUUUGUUAACAGCUUGGAGAAUGCAGUUGAAAGACCUUCAGCGUGCUCAUCACUUAAUUGGUGGCUAUGAUUUGGUGGAGUGUAAGGAAGGGAAAAGCGUGUGUGUGUCUUUUCACACAGCCUUUGAGGGUGUGUAUUUGGAGACGUAUAACAUGGAGCUGGACCUGACGCGCACCGUGCAGAUCUCUCGCCAUAACAUCCCCCCGUCAUUCCCUCUCGAGAGUAUUGCCAAACAGAUCCUGCAGAAAGACCUUAAGGCCUUCCUGCAAACCCUCAGCCAGAAACUCAACGCUUUAGCUGGUCGCAGACAGCAGGUCUGCCUCCUCAAGGAGCUGGUUGGUUCGGUGGAGGUGAUGGAGAGCAAUCAGCUGUGCAGUAUUCUUGUGCUUAUGUGUACAGCACAAGGCGAGACUCCCAAAGCUGUUCUGUGCACACUGGAGUACGGAGAUCUCACACAAUGUCUGCCGACACGGGUUAGCAUCGAGUGUGAAGAUAAAACCCUUUCAGAAUCUCCACAGUGGAAGAAAAACCAGUCGUUGCUCCUGGAGUCUCCAGCUCAUACAGCUCUCCUGACCAUGAGGAGGAUGGAAAGCAUCGCUUAACCAAUGUGACAAAAUGAACUCCAUGUAAAUAAUGUCCUGUUACAGUGCAGUUCAAACCUGAGAGAUGCACAGCUUUACAUUCAGAGGUAGAUUAACACGUAACUUAAGAGAACUGAGGAAACAAACAACUAUUUAACAUGAAUCAUCAGUUCAGAGUUCUCUUAAUGGCACACAAAUGUUCAUACAUACAUUGUCAAAUGCUCUAUAGAGUUGAGAAAGCUCCUGAUUUUCUGUUGUAGCUUUUCUCUCUGCAGUUGUUUCAGUCUUUCUUUAUACCGUCGAUAAUACUCUUUCUGAUACAUCAGCUCUUUCUGAGAGAUGCUGUCGAUCAACGCCAGGUCUUUCAGCUGUAGAAUGGAAAGCUGACCGUUUUCCGAAGCUUUGAGUUUCUCUGUGACUAUCCUAGAUGAAGAAGAAUCGCCUCGCUUGACAGAGAAUGAUGCUGAUUUAGCAAACCUGUGUUCUUCGUCAUCCUCCUCACACGUUUUCACUGAGGAUAGAGGUCUGAAAGCUGGAGCGGAUUUUGUAAAUCGUGUCUCGUGUGCAUCGUUUGUCAUCCUGACCUCUGAUAUGGCUCUCAUUGUUUUGUUAAUGGUUGCGUGCGGUUCACAAACCCUUAAAUGAAGCAGCCGUUUCUGCUCUUUUAGCACUAGCUCUUGCUCCUGCUCCAGCAGCCUGAGGUUGAGUCUGUAUUUAGCGCUGAUGUUGUGUAGUUUCCACUGAAGAUGGACGUCCUCUUUGUGGUUCAGCUGUCUUACGUCCAUGAGACGGCAAGACUUGGGUCUCUUAAUGCUUAGCUGUGUUGACAUUUUGAGAUGUUUCCUGAAAACAAAUCAAUGGAACAGACAAUCAGCUUUUGGAUAAGCGCGCAGAUGUAGAUUGUUCAAAGCUCAAUUUAUUUUAAAAACACACAAGGCUGCUC